AUGAAGUCCGCGCCGGUGCACGCUCGGAUCGGACAGAACAUGGGACCGGGAACGAUCUUGCCGACUUUACAAGAGAAGCGGGACGGCGACCGCUUUGCCACGGGCAAGGAGACAUGCUGGGUCAAGGAGCAAUGCUUCGGCCAGAUCAUUACGGCGCAGCGAGUGCAAGUUGAGAAGCGGAGGGCAGCUUCUUUCGUCGACGGAGCCUCCCCCUUUCUAUUUCCGUCAAAGGCAUCAAGCUUCCACGCGAAGGUCACGGCAGAGACCCGCGACGGUGAAGACUUGGCAUCGCGCUCAGAGGAAGUAUAUGGCAUGCCGGAGGAUCUCACGCAAGAUGCGGAGUGUGGAUGA